AUCUGUCUCGCACACAGGGUUUGUUCCUUCUCUCUAAUUCUGUAAGAAAGGACAAAUCUAUUCCUUAUAUUAAAAAAAUAAAUCAGUUUCCUUUCUCCAAGCAAUUACUUUUUCUAUUUAAAAAUCGAGCUUACACUCAUAUCUUCCAAACUAUGAAUUAUAUCUACAAAAAUAAACGACCAAAAAAAAAAAAACCCGUUUUCCUUCUGUGCAUAUAUACGUGAUUAUGUUUUAUGCACGGUAAACUGAAUAAACACUUGAGAAGUAACAAUCAAGUUUUUUUGCAAUGCAUCAGUCAAUCCAAUAAUGCUUGUGGUAAUACAGCUGUAUUGUGAUCCAACUUAUAGACGUUAGGUACCAAUUAUUACGCUGCAGGAAAAAAAUGUAGAAAGUACAAACAAAAGUGUACUCGAUACACUGGAGUAGCUAACACUACGAUCGGUCAUUUACAGUCUGCCCAUAUGGCUCACAUUAGGUGAAACAAUUAUACUAAUUACAAGUUGGAGCUAGAACGAAGUAUGGAACGGAAAAUAAGAAGUAAAUGGAAAAGGUCUGCUACAGAUGAGGAACAACGAAGUGAAUUUGAUCCGUUGUAUGUGAGAUAUGAGAAAGAUUGGCACAAGUGAAUCGAGGAAGUAACUGAUCGGCUGUGGAUGAUGUAUGAAGGAGAAACAUCUGUAUUAGUACGGACUUGUAAUGUGACUGCUUGACGCAUAUUUGCUGAAAAUAUGCUGUAAUUUGACAGUGCAACUACACACGUACCAAGUGAGAGUUUUCGAAUCAGUUACAUUGGGAACUGACAUGAAACAAUAUCAACAUGCUUGCAGAGAUGUAUUGCAGAUACACGAAGCAUAUGCUGAAAUUGAUGACGAGGAGAAACUGGACAAUUCUGAGUAAUCUGGUGUAAUAUAAGAAUUAUGUUACGCAUUUGUUAAAAGUUCUCUGCUAAUUGUGUUGUCAUAAUUUUAAUUGCAUCAUUGAACAAUAUAUUUCGUUGGUACAAUGGGCAAUAAAUAUAAAUGACUUCUUGCUUAAGCAAUUGUUUCAUGAUAUUUUUGAGGAAUGUUUUUUUCCAUGGCCACUAGUUUUUGUCUUAUACAUAGAUCAGGGUCAUUGUUAUAAACAGUGGGAAAGCAGAACAAGUGAUCCCAACCCUACAACAGAUUAACGUACAAAGCUCAACUGGGGUUUUCUGUGAUUUAUGCCACCGUCAUUCGUUCAGUAAAAACCAUGCCAUAAUGUGUACCAUCAUGCAAAAACCAAUACAAUAUUUGGUACGCUCCAAUAUCUAAAAGGAAAAUAUCUAUAGUUAUUUAUAUAGUUUAAUUUUUCCAGGAAAACUAUAGUUUUUCCAGUAAUCCUUGAGUAGACACAAAAAAGUAACUAUGUUCUCGAUCUGUAAAUUAGGUCUUGGACAGUUUUUCUCUAGAUCUACACACUUUUUGAGAAAUUCCAGUUGUGAUGAACAAGUGUAUGUAGGACACAUGACAAAGCAGUAUCUAUUCGGAAACCUUUUCACAGUUAUUCUGCAACCAUAGAGACAAUGCGAAGGGUGUGGAAAGAACAGUUCAAAAAGACCUUGGAAGCAACUUUGGUAACCACCAACCGCAACAGAUAACGUUUAAGAUGGAGUUUGGAAAUUGUCAAGAAGGAAGAGAUGAAGUAAUUCAAGCAGCGUAGCACAGAAGCAUCGACAGAAAGAAGAUAAAGUUUGCAGAUUGUAGGUUAAAAUGGCAACAGAGCAUUACUGAGGAUGAAUUUUUUAUAUCAUCACCAAUGUUUGGAAUAACAUCUCUAAGUUACUGGCAUGACUUUAUUGAAGCUUGCAAUUUGCUGUCUCAUAAAUGUUGUUCUUGUAUUUGUUCCUCUCCAGACAUUGAAGACACAAGUCCUGGUAAUCUAAAAGAAUUCUCCUCCUCCAAAACAAACAGUAAUGAUUCACUUCAGGAUAUUGUGAUCAAAGAUCCAUCACUUGAAGGUCUUUGUAGGAACAAACUAUCAACUAUAUCUUGCCGAAUAUUUGAAUUAAUACACCAGAAUUACACUGAAGUUGUUAAAAAUGAACUCGAUCAGUUUUCUGAUGUCCAACGCAAAUUCAUUGUCAAAGAAAAACAUAUGGGCCACACUAUGUUAUCAUUGGCUACGAUAUCAGCUCAAACCGACUUGAUGAGAUAUUUGCUAGAACAUUGUGAUGCAGAGAUUGAGCAGAGAGAUACAAAUGGUACUACACCAGUAACCCCUCUUUGGCUAGCUGUUGAACGGCGUAAUGUGGAAGCUGUUGAUAUACUAUUAGAACAUGAAGCUGAUGUUAAUGCUAAGGGCGAAGGGGAUUGUCCAAUCAUUUUACUUGCUGCUCAAAAUGUUAACCUACAAAUUGUUGAAAGCCUUAUUUUGAGUGGUGCUAACAUGAAUGCUUCUGAUGAGUGGGGAUAUACCCCUCUCCAUGCUGCACUUUGGAAUAUGGGUUUGAUGAGACUUCUUAUGGAGAAUGGGGCUGAUUUAAAUGCAAAAGACCAAAAUGGAGAUACGAUGUUGCACCUCAGUGUACGUAAAGGAUUCUUUGAAAUGUGUAAAUUUUUGCUUAUGCAAGAGGUGAACCCUUAUGAAGUUAAUAUUGAUGGUUAUGAUGCAUUCCAACUGGCAGCAUUGUAUGGAGAAUGUGAAAUAUUGGUAUAUUUACUAAUUACUUUCCCAUAUCCUAAGGAGUGCCCAAAAGAGUUUUUUAACGAACCAACCAAAGUUAAGAUCAAAGAAAUGCUAGAGACUUAUGUCCCUAAAGAUUAUUCUUUAGACCUUCAUGCACUUCUUGCUAUUGAGAAAGUGCUCGGACCUACUUGUGAUAAGACAUUUUAUGCCCUUAAAGAAGCUGCUGAACUAACCAGUCGAUCUAUGGAUUUUGCACAAUCGUGGAUUAUCUAUAUUCAUCUCCUUCAAAUCUGUCAUAAACCCCACCAUGUACUUGACAGUAAUGUAAUCACUGGUAUCUUCCAGCUACUUUAUAACAUAUUCUGUGAAUAUGGUGAAAUUAUCGUACCUGUAGAGAGAGCUCUUGGCAUAUUCAAUGGAAUGUUCCGAGAUGUUAUAUGCAAUCUCAACUUGCUGCAAAGACGUGAGAGUGGAAAAGAAGAUGAGACAUUCAACAUGGGUCGCUUCCAAGAAGUUUUUAUCCGGUUGCUUAAUCUGUUGGAAUUUAUUACAAAACUUAAGUCCAACAAUACUGGAAAUUCAUCUUCUGACAAAGUGUUCCUCAUAAUUCCAUUACCGUGCAUUUUAUUUGAUGUAGUGUCCCCUUUAAAAAAUGAACAAGUGCCAGGGAAAAUUGAUGAUAGCCAAACUUUAGUGUGCGUGCGUGUGCAUGGAAGAUGGGAAUACUUGGAUGUAUUUCUGGCCCAAGAAGAUUUAGUUCUUACAACCAAAGGUCGGUGUGUGAAAACAUAUCAUUACUUAGAAACAGGUCGAAGACAGUUAAUACCUUCAAAAAUUCCCCUUCCUUUGCAAUGUCUUGCAAUGCAAGUCAUUCAAGUUGACAAUGUUCCAUAUGAAAACAUACUCCCACCUGCACUUUGUAAUACAGUUGAACAUCAUUAAAUUAUUUGAGAAUCAAAAAAUUACCUCAUAGUAGAGAUCAAAGAAAUGAUUUUUAAAAAUGUUAUGUAAAAGAUAAAGAAUUAUUUUCACAAGAUAAUGACAGAAAAAAUUACAUCUCACUCUACAGUUCAAUACAUUGAAAUUUAAGUAAGUCUGCUAGUAAGUCUAAAAGUAGUAUAGUGUUUUGAUAUGCAACCUUAAUUUUGAGUAUAUUAGUUGGUCCUAAGUGAAAGCCAUGCAAGUUUCUUGCUCAAUUAGCUGUAGACAAUCCUGUAAGCAAUGGUUCUUCUCUUUGGUUUUUCAUUGGUUGGUUUCCAAAAUCAAGCUGCCAGCCAGAAAUACAUAUUAGUUACAUUCCUUUUUCAUUUUGUAGCAACAUUGAGUCCAUUAAAUAACUUUUACUGGAAG